GAGAACCGCACUGGUGUCCUGUAUGCCAGUGUGGAGCCAGCAUGUAACAUCCACACUCAGGCUGUUAAAGUGAGCUGUAGCAGGUGGGAUCGGUGGAACCAGUUACUCUGUUCCUCUCUUUCUCUCUUUCCUUUUUUUUCUGUCUUUCUCUCUCUCUCUCACUCAUUCACUCUUCAUUGCUCCUCAUCUUUCCGUCCACUUUCAUUCAUUUCUGUGUAUGGGCGAGGAGGGCUAGCAUGGACUCUUUAGGUCUUUUUCUCCCUCUCAUGCUUCUGUGUUGCCAAUGGACAGCUGUCCCAGCUGCUGAGGAAAUUUACUGGACCUACACUGGCUUGGUGGGUCAGUCUGAGUGGUCAGAGUAUUUCCCUGACUGUGGAGGCACUUCCCAGUCCCCUGUUGACGUGGUAACCACCCAGACCAAAUAUGACCCCAGUCUGAAACCUGUGACCCCACUGGGCUACAGCCAGCACGGCAACAACCCCUUUACCAUUUACAAUAAUGGACACACAGUGGUGAUUGAGCUGCCAGACUGGAUGGGCCUGGGGGGGCUGCCGUGGCUCUUCACAGCCGUACAGAUGCAUCUCCACUGGGGCAGCGGCGGUCCGAGUCAUGGAGGCAGUGAACACACCAUCAAUGGACUGAGUGCAGAUGCAGAGCUCCAUGUGGUGCACUACAACUCAGAGCUCUACACCGACCUGUCUGCGGCCAUGACACAGAGGAAUGGCCUUGCUGUCCUGGGGAUUCUCAUUGAGACAGGUGAGGAGGCCAACCCGGCUUUUGACAACAUCCUCAAUUACCUGAGCCGUGUUCGACAUGCAGACCAGAAAGUUUCCAUCCCAGCUUUUGACAUCCAGCUGCUGCUCCCUGAGGAUUUGGGUCGCUACUAUCGCUACAACGGCUCCCUCACCACCCCGCCCUGCCACCAGAGCGUUUUGUGGACACUCUUCCACCAGAGGGUUCAAAUCUCAAAGGCACAGCUGCUGAAGCUGGAGACGGUGCUUUACUCCAGCAAGGCUCAGGAUCCGGACAGAAUGCUGCUGCAGGACAACUACCGCGCAACGCAGCCGCUCAACCACCGAGUCGUCUUCUCUUCCUUCACCGCAGAAUCAGGGAAGGAGUUGACUUCUGGUGAAGUCACUGCUAUAGUGAUCGGAGUCAUGUGCGGCUGUGUGGGUCUGGCAGUCAUCACUCGCUUCAUUGUGAAGACGAUACGAUUUUUUACACUCCUCCGCAAUGAAACAGUCGUGGUAAACAGCUCUACCUCUAGCUGGGACGUCCUACCCAGUAACCGGCCUGCUCCCAUGCCAAGGACGAAGGAGGAAGAGAAAGACAAAGAGCAGAAGCAGGAUGUGGCUCUCAAUUCCACCUCGGACGCAGGACAGAAAGAAGAGCCAUCGCCGUCUCCUCAGACUGAACCCUAGCUCAUCGGAGACCCUUCGUGGUCCGUCUCAGAGCCAUAGUCAUACAGGCCUUGCCCAGACACUUGCACACACAUGCUUCCUCCCUCCUGUCGCUGGCGCUAUCACUGAUCUAUGUCUUCUUAGAGGUCUGAAAGCAAGGCAGCACAUCCACUGAUCAGUCACAACAAGUGGCAGGGAAAGCCAGUUUGUGAAGACUGAAGGGAGGAAGGGAACUAGAAACAGGGUUGUCCACCUGUGCUGCCCUGCCUACUUGUACUACUGUCUUGAUUUUUUUUUUUUUUUUUUUUUUUUUUUUCAACUUGAGUCAUGUUGGCACUUGGUACCAGACAUAUCCUAAGUUUGCACAAGGAGAGCUUGGUGUAAAUAUAGCCGUUCUCUGGCUCUGAAUCCUGUGUUUGCCUGUGCUUGCCUGUGCAAUGCCUUGGAUGCAUGAAAUGUGUUGUAAAUACUUGUGGAAAUAUUUUGUUUCUGCCACGUUUUGCUACUAUUUUAUCUUGCCUUGAAAUCAACACUGUAUGAAAUGGUAUAUUUUUUUGAAUUAUUUUCCAGAGAAACGUUAUUAUUUUCUAUUCAGAACGGAAGUACAUUGGCAUGAAAACACAGUAAUCAAUUGGGAGGCCUAGAUGGAUGUGAUAUACAGUAAUAAUGUAGUUUGUAUACGCAAAAACACGGCCCUGCGCUCAAAUCAAUAUAUUACACACAUACUGUCACUGGCGGUGCUGUAUUUCUGUUCAGUAAGAUGAUUUGGUCCCAUAUUUCUUUCAGUCAGCUCUGUAUACGUGUUCAAAUUCUGCUGUAAAUAGCUCCUCAAUGUGUACGACACAGUAAAAGUCUUGAAAGUCA